AUGCGCUUCUCCAUAGUUUCCGCCCUGUCCCUCGUCGGUGCUGGCAUGGUGGCUGCCCUUCCCUCUGAGGGUGCUCUUGUCGCACCGGUAAAGCGUAGCACUACCACCACUUCAGAGAAGGUCCAACAGGCUGCCGCUUCCCUGAAGGGCAACACCGUUGAGAAUGAGUCUGAGACCUCCGACUGCGUUGGCUCGCUCCUUUGCUGUGGCUCCUUGACCACUCCUCUGGACCACAUCAUCGACCCAAUUUUGGAGGACCUCGGUGUCGAUGCCUCUGCCAUUGUUGGCUCCAUUGGCCUUCUCUGUGACCCCUAUGAAGCUAGCAUUUGCACUUCUGCUCCCCAGUGCUGCACUGAGGCCAACCUUCUGAGUGGUACUGUUGCUCUUGGGUGCUCAGCCCUGAAGAAGUAA